AUGCCCAAAGCGCGUCGCGUGGCCUUCUCGGGCGCCGAGGUGAUUGAAUACGACGCCUCACUCGCUCCCGUUGUCAAACUUUAUGGGGCAGGAGAAUUUUCAGAUACUAGAGCGCGGACGCUGGAGUGUCAGGCAAGAGGUGUCGAUGUCUCUGACGAAAACUUAACAGUGAUAUAUAUCAAGGAGCUGCAACGUUUUCUGCGCUCUCGAGGGUUUGAACCAAUGAGCGUCAAUUUGUUAGAACUGCAAAUUCAGCGCAGAGUUGUAGAGCUACUGCUUACGUGUGUGGCACUUGAGCUCAAAGAAAAGUCACUAUUGACCGUCGAUGUUUUAGAUCCAAAAACGUUUCAACGCGUCCAACUGGCCACGAAGCAGCUCGAAGGCCGCGUGGACGAUAGUUACGCGUUUGGUCGUCGGUUCGUCACUAUCUCUACGUACGUCGAUAUGCUAAGCAGUGAAGAAUUGUUAGCAGCGGCCCACGAGAGAGAAAUCCAGCUGCCUACGCUUGGCAAGAAGCUGCAAGCAGGGAUUAAAGCAAAGGCGAAAGAACUUUUAGGACGUUAUGGUACAGCGAAAGGAAGACCGCUGAAUUCAUUAACGCUAAGACAAUUAGUGAUAGAAGUGGAGGAGAGAGGUUUGCUGGGACCAGAAGUGAAGAAGAUUAAUGGUAAGAAGAGCAAGCGCGCGUGGGUGGAUCUGCUCCGACCGGUCAUGGUUAGUGAAGUCAAAGCUAGCAAAAUAUAUGAGCAGCAAGAAAAAAUGCUACGCGAAAAACUAGUGUACGAGAUGGAGCGAGAAAAGGAGGAGGAACAGAAACAGCGUGUGAUCGAGUUAAUUAGCAAGAUGAUUGAGCAGUCGUUUGAUAUGGUCGACAGUACAAAGCCUGAGAUCGGUAACGCGAAUUUAAAGCAAGAGAAAAGUAUAAAGCAGGUGAAGACAUGCAGAUAUUUAGAAGCUUUGGUCAAGACUAUUUGUGUCCAGACACUUGAAAAGACUUGA